AUUUUGGUGGGGCAGGUAAGCCGACUACCGUCUUUUAAAAACCCCCAGAACUCUUGUCAAUGGAUUAUUUUGCCAUUCAAGUCCGACGGUUUUGUAGCACGAAUUAAAUACGGAGUUUUGUGAUUUGUGAGUGACCAAAAUGGAAUUUAAAUACAAAAUUAAUUCACGGCUUCUAAUAUUACUAAUGCUGGGGGCCAUUAUGACCUGUUCGUCGUACCUCAUGUUUGUCUAUCAGCCAUUACAGCUUAUAAUCAAGAAGGUUGCAACUUUAGCUCCAGGUUCAAUCUUCCUCAAACUCUGGUCAGUUCCCCCAUAUAAUGUGUACAUUGACGCUUUUAUCUUCAAUGUAACAAACGCGGAAGAAUUUUUAUCAGGGAAAGAAAAAAUGAAGGUUCAAGAAGUCGGCCCCUAUGUCUACCAAGAAAUUCUCCUUAAUAAAAACGCAACUUUUAACCCUAAUGGCACCAUGACUUUCGAGCCUAAACGCUACCUCAAAUUCCGACCUGACAUGUCAAUCGGAAACCCAGACGUAGACUGGAUCAUCUCCCCCAAUAUCCCUCUUCUAGGGAUCACGGCAUCCCUCCGAGACUCCGGUUUCAUCACAAACCUUGCCGUUUCCACAAUUAGCAACGCCCUCAACUCGAAAUCCUUCCUCAAUGUCACAAUUUCGCAAUAUUUGUGGGGCUAUGACGAUAAACUUGUGACUCUAGCCCACAAAGCCCUUCCAAACUGGAUCAAUUUUGAUCGUUUCGGAAUUCUGGAUAGACUCAUGGCUUUGGAUAACGCCACCAAUGUUGUAACUCUAAAUAUGCAACCCGAGUUAGGCCUCGCUAGCCCCCUUUUGACAGAAAAGGAACGUUCGUCUGUUUAUCAUAUUCAUCGUUGGAACGGCUCCCCCGGCCUCAAACACUGGGGCUACACGGAUGAAAACCAAGACAACAAAAACUCCCGGUGUAACAUGGUCGAAGGUGCUUUCGAAGGAACAGUCUUCCCUCCAAAUAUGCCAGAAAACACGUCAGUGAAACUCUACAGACGGGCCUUUUGCCGGCCUGUGCCCUUCAAUUACAAGGGAAAAGCUGAGACAAAAACGGGUUUCCGAGGUAUGACUUUCGAGGUAGAUAAACUAUUUCUUGCGACUCCUGAGGAGAAUCCCGACAAUCAUUGCUAUUGUCCCAAAGACGGCUGUCUCCCUAAAGGUUUGGGGUCACUCUCGCCCUGUUAUUACGACAUGCCCAUCGCUAUUUCGCAACCGCAUUUUCUGAACUCUGAUCCUUUACUUUUGGAGCAGAUUGAAGGUUUGAAACCUGAUGAAGAGAAACAUGACUCAAGCUUCCUGCUACAUCCUGAAUUAGGUGUUGCGAUGGAAGCCAGCCUAAGGAUACAGAUCAACCUAGAUAUUGGCCAAACAAAGUAUAAUCCCCGAACGAAGCCUUUUAACGGAAUGUACUUGCCGUUGUUCUGGCUCCAACUGCGGUUAGGGGAAAUCCCUGGGAGUAUAAAUGCUUUGAUAACUGUACUAUUUUACGUACUUCCAGUCGUACAAGAAGUACUCAUUUAUUUGUUAGGUUUAGGUGGUUUAGCUUUAAUGUCAGGUUCAGCUUUAUUCUCUUUAUUCUUCUCGAAAGAACAACCGAACGGGAGGUUGAGUUUUAGGGGGGAAUAUAGUCCGAUUCCUAUAAUUCCGAUAAAUUCGCCUUAUUUUAAGCCAGAUAUUAGGAUAUUAAAGUGAAUGUUUUUGGGUAUUUUAGACUGUAGAUAAAUUAAAUGCCUGUAGUUAUUAACGUCUGUGACGUUUUAGAGACUGAAAUUAUUUAUAUUUGUACAUACUGCGUGAGAGUUAUUAGUUUUUUAGGUAUUUUUGUUAUUUAAGAAUGGUUUUGACGAUUUUUUAAAACAAAGUUUUUUAAAAAUUA